GACACAUUUGACCCUCGUGGCUUCCUGUAGAAAAACAUGUCGGCCCCGGUGGUGGCUCUACUUAGGUGCUGUCAGCGGUCAUCUCGGCUCAUUGUUGCUAAGCGACCAUGGAGCUCCAGCUCUGUGAGUUCUCCUCCUCUGCACAUAAGGAUGCUCCUCUUCCUCACCCAGCGUUUCUAUGACGUCGAGAUGUUCCUCAGCUGGAAGGCUCGGCUAAAGAGGAGAGGACUAUUGAAGAAAAACGCUUACUACAGCUACACUGAGAGCCGUUAUGGGGCUGACAUUGCAGCGGCAUAUUAUGUCUUGAAUUUAAAGGGAGGAUUUCGUUUUGUUGGACAAUUGGAAUGGUUCCGUGCAGACCGCAAGGGCAAGUUCAAUUGGGACUUCUUGAACUAUAGAGACACACCUCUUGAGGAAGUGGACAUGAGCUAUACAAUUAUUAACUACACUGGACUGUCCAAUUUGGAGGGGCAGCGAUCUCUGCAGACUCUGACCUUAAGAGGAUGUCCUGAAGUGGAUGACUGGUUCUUGGCCCGGCUCCAUGUAUUCCAAAACUCUCUAAAGCAGCUGGACAUCUCUCAUUGCCCACGCAUCACCAUCGGCGGGCUGGUUGCCUUGAGGAACCUCAAGGGCCUGCGCCGUUUGGAUGUGUCAUCCCUCCCACAGAUUUCAUCUCCUGGUUUGGUGGUCAUCCUGCUUGAAGAAAUGCUACCACAGUGUGAGGUCGUCGCUAAUGGCUAUAACUUCAGCUAGUCAGGGAGUCACUGAGAAGUGCAAGAAAAGCUAGAAAAAGAGUUCACACAAGGACAAAACAUUAUACUGUAUUGCACAUGGUAUAUAUGUAAUGUAAUUGUAAU